AUGGACCAACACAAUAGCCACGACGCCGAGAACAAGUUCAAAGGGAAGGGAAGGGAAUCAUCUUCUCCAGCGCCCACCAGGAUCGAGGGCGAAGCAGACACUCGAAACCAGCAAGGAGAAGGUGAUGCACAACCCGAGCCUUCAUUCUCAAAUCGCCUUGCAACGUCAGUAGUCAACCUCUCCCGAGCUGCCCUGGCAGGCCGCCCUGAUAUUGGUGGGCUCCGAAGCGGGACUUCUUCGAAGGCCGAGGCAAGCACCGGCACCAACUCUGCCCAGGACUCUGGGAGCCGGGGACAGGCUGCUAUCUACCGCGGCGCAAAUGGCGCCGUUGCCGGCCUUGGGACUGCGUUCUCUUCGUCGCAGAACUCAGACACAGGCGGCGAACGGCAGUACGACGGUUUCAUGGAUGCCCAAACAGCGCUCGACAAUUCGGUCCAGUUACAGACACCAAGCGAACUCCAGCCAGGCUUCGCUGGACCAGGGAACAUUUCGCACAGCUCUCGCUCAUGGAGCGUCGAGUCCGACGUCAAGGAACAACAGGCCAGGGACGGUCAGCAGGUCAUUGACUUGCUGAACGCUCCAGGCGAGUCGGAUGGUUUGGAUUUCAUGCACGACAGCAUCCAGACCUUCGUUUCACCGGAAGAAGAAGAGUCGUUGAGAGAGGCGCUAUUUGGCAGCGGUGGGGAUAUCACCGUCUCCAACUGGACUCCCCUCCUCGACUUUGAGCCCGACUUCCUCCAGGGGAACAGCGCCACGGAGCUGCAGCAGCAUUUUGGCGUCGCCGAUCCCCGGCAAGCCAGAGCCAUGUGGGUGGAUGGCUGGAACGACGUGCUCACAAGCUACACGGACGAGGUUUGGGGCGACCUCGGUUCCCUCGCCCAAGAAGCGCAUCGAGAAAUCCAAGAGGCGCGCGGGCAGGGGACACUGACGACUGUGGAUUCUGGCGGGAUGCAUGCGCUUCAGCGACUCCGACAGAUUCUAGCGCACGUCCGGGGCCAUUAA